UAACUCAUAUGAUUAUCCACAUGACGUUUCUUUUUGUUAGAAUCCCUAGAAUCAAGAAGAAAUGGACGAUAACGACAACGAAGAUAGAAGACAAAGUGAAAAAAAGCUUAAGGCAUCACACUCUAGAGAAAGGGGUUCGACAAUUAUCUACAUUUACACAAUUAACGUUGAAGUUCCAUCAGGCCUGAAAAUUCAAGUUAAAUAUCGUGAAGACAUGUUCAUAAGAGAUUUAUUACACCAAAUAUGCCACAGAAUAUCAUUAGAUCCCAAUGAUCAUUUUUUAACGUUUCAUAAUCGUGAAUUAAGCGUAGAUAUGAGUUGUAAAGAAGCUGGUUUGUUUCCAAAUGGAACGUUGAAAUUAUUCAAAGGGAGAAAGUCACGUUCAGAAAAUGUUGACAUACAUGUAUCAAUUCAAGUAAAAGACGUGAGAUUCGCUUCGGUUUUUUGUUCUCUUGAUAAUCUUUGGCACAUAGUAACCAGGUUGUGUGCCAAAGAUACUUUUGAUAAAACCAUGGUCCCUAUUGUCAUUUUCAUGAAACAGGAAUUUAUUGGUAAAAAAGUAAUGAAAACUGUGACAUUAAGAGAUCUUGGUAUAACAAGAGGAACCUGUUUCUUGAGAUUUUUACAACUCAAACAGGAAGAUUUAGACCAAAGAAAGAUGAAAGAUGAUAAUGUUUCUCAAGGAACUUUAGAAUCUCUUGAACUUAUCGCAUCAGGCCCAGCAACUGAUGUUGGAGCAAGAACUGUACAAUUUUCACCUUAUGUAGAAGCGAAAGCAUCUUCAGUCAUGUGUAUAGGAGGAAGAAGUGCAGUACUAUUUGAUCAGCCACAAGCUUUAGAUAUACAAGAAGCUCUUCAUGAUGAAUUUUUUGAUACAACUAUUGAAGAGGUGCAAUUCAUGUUUCAUGAAGUAAAAAAAAGCAGUGAAGAGCUAGUAAAUUUAGAGGAAGAAGAAAAACAGGUGAGGGAACAUUUAGAGAAAAUAAAGCAAAAAAAAGCAUAUCAAGAUGAAACAGUGAUCAGGAUAUACUUCCCAAAUGGUCAGGUUCUUCAGGCUAUGUUUGCCCCAGAAGAAACAAUAGAAGAUGUUAAAAUUUAUAUUAAAACUUUCCUUCAAUAUGAGCACGAAUUUCAGCUAUUCCUUAAGCAGACUAAAGCAGAGCCUUUGAGUCUAAAUCUUAGACUGGAUGAAUUAGGACUUGUACCAAUAGGAAAACUUUACUUUGAUCAUAGUGGUGAAGCCAUGGAACAAUAUUUUGCUGCUGAUCUCAUACCUCGUAUAGGUACUUAUGAAAAUGCUGCAGAAGCUGCUCUCAGCGUAAGAGGGCAAAGCUUAAUGAAAUUUAUAAACUACACGCCAACCUAUGAAUCUAGCUUUGUCGACAAAGUCAUAGAUUUUAUACUACUUGUAAUUAAUUGGUUCACAAAGAGUGACCAAAUGCAUGUUGCUAAGAGAAAUCCAAUUGCACCUAAGUGGUUGAAAACUGAACUGAGUAGAGAUUCGCUAGACGAUAAUACAGAAAGACGGAUGACUUCUUUUGGAGGUAGUGUAAUGGAAGAUAGUAUGGAUGAAACUGAUGGUGAUGUGUCAGAGUGGGGCCCACCAAAAAAAAUGUCACAUUUUCAUAAGAAGGGUUCGGAUGGUAAAAAGAAAAAAACAUUUGACGAAGAUCACGAGUCAACAUUUGACAAAGAAAAAGCAUUUCGAAAGUCUUCUCCAAGAAAAUUUACCGCAAUAUUCAAAAAAGGCAGAUCUGAAUAACAAAACACAUACAUGGAAUAGUACAAUAUGGACAUUAAAAAAGCAAUAAAAAAAAAACUCAUUAACCUAA